GUGACAGAGGUUCACCUGGGUCCAGAAAUGGCUGGUCAAAUGAGCCGGUGUCGGUCCAGGAACCGACUUUGAUGAGCCAAGCACCAGAUCGAUUCAGGACCACUACCUUCGCUGGGUCGGUGGUGGUUGUGGGUUCGCGGUGGGCCCCUGAGGAGGCGCAUGGAGAGGUAUAGGGCCAGAAGCAACACUCCUCGGCCUCUGUUGAAGGCGAUUAUGACUCUCGAUCCGGAGAACAUUAGGCCAGCGGUGACAGGGGGACCCAAGAUAUCAACCGUAAAGCUCUAUGUGAAGAUUAUCAAGAGUGAUAUUACUCGGAGGGCUCAACAGGCUGGCUGGUCGCUCGACAUCGUCCAUCACUAUGUUGCACGAACUAUUCUAAAAAAUCCUUUGAGUGCCGAAGAGGCGGCUGAUUUCGAGGAAUGUGGGUGUAAGCUCAAGGAGGUGGCUGGCAAAGCGGGUGGGACGAAGGAAGAGGUAGAUGCAUAUGUGAAUAAGGAAAUGAGGAGGGCUGUCGAAGACAUCUUCAACAGUCGCUCUAAUGACCAAACGAAGGUCUUACUUGUUUUUGCAUCAGGCGACAAGCACCACAAUCCGGUUUUGUUGGAGUUGACGGCGAGAUACAAGGGAAAACUUUUCAUUGUGAGAUACUUCCCAGGGGUAAUACAUCCAGAGUCUCUUGAUGCUGCCCACGCAAGCUAUAAUUAUUUCCACGUUAUGGACCAGGGAUUGAAUGAUCACAACAUAUUUGACUUCAAGUACAAUUACGACAAGGGUUCCACAUGUUUUAUCAGAGGGGAACACAAGCCAUGCCAAGAUAAGUUCCCUCGGUCUACACGAUUUGAAUUGUCGUUCAACCAUGGUGGACUGUCCAGCCAAAGUUGCAAGGGGUGCGCCUCUAUAUCUCCACCGAAAUCAUCAACACCCAUACUUUCGACCAUGAAGUCUGUAGGUUCUUCAGCAUACUCCAAUCGUAAUAAACGGGUCUUCGUCCAGACGUCAUCGUCAGCUUCGCCGGGAAACACAACUUCCACGAGUUCCGCCGAUACAUCAGUAGGUUUUUGCCCGCCAAAUCAGAUGACAUUGUUGCAGGGAGCGGAUAUACGACGACCAGCCGUUCGGGGUUCUUCCGGGCCCAAUCUGCAACAGAAGUUCGAUAUUCAAGACGAGUCCCACUUACAGAUUCACUCAAAUACCAUAUUUCCAAGGUUGGGUGCAACCGAUGUCCUGGCGAAAAUGGCACCCAAAGCAACUGUUCCGUCAUACCUCUUGUCAACACCGAACGACGAUACACCGGAGCCUACGCCUAUCGCGAUCGAGAAAAUACUUCAUUAUGAAACUUACAAUGAUGAGUACCUCAACAUCCAGAUCACUGGCCCAAUCCACAAUGAAUGGGACAAACCCACAGUAAUCAAUUAUUUCUUUCAAGACCUCUUUUAUGAUUCUCGGGGGAAGAUUGGAGGCUAG